GAAGGGAUCACAAUGAAUACGGAACCAGAUUGGCAGACUAUACUAGACAACCAGUCCAUCAUACUUCACGACCGAAUGAUGACCGACGCUGUCCAGUCGCCCAGGAUCCAAUCAGAACACAGCUAUUCCCUGUCAGUUUCUGACGAUCUUCAGGGUUCUGCCCUCAGCAUCAGCCCUAGUAUGAAACUGGAGGAAUACGAUAAAGAUCUGGAAUCAGAGUGUUUUCCAGCUAUCCCAAUGACGACGGCAACAGGACAGACAGAUUUUUCUGGUAUUAUCACAAUCAAACAAGAGCCUUCUUCUUCACCCCCGAGGACUCCCAGUCCACUGCCUACCCUCUCAUCCUCAGUUACUGACUUGUUGACCACAGCUACAUUAUCGUCUAUAGCAUUAACCUCUACCUCAAGCUCAAGCCAGCAAAGCCUGCUUAAACAGCCAUCCAUUGUAUUAACAGCUCGGUCAAAUUCAGCAGCCAAAGCUUUUGAAGAUUACCGCAUGGUGAUCCCGAAACUCAACAUAAAAUUGGAAUCUGCAGCCUCUUCCGUGGGGUUUUCCUUACCCCCAACGCCACCGUCCAGUAACGGUAGCGAUUCUGAUGGCAGCGUUUCACCCGUUCAUAGCUUUACCCUUCCCACAUCUCCUAAAACAUUCACUCUAGGAGGCGUUAGUAGCAAUUCUUCACCUUCAAGAAAAAAUCCAUCCCACUCUAAAGUAGUGCUGCCAUCUAGUAGUACAAAUGGAAUCAGUAGGAGUUUAAGUACAUCCCCUUUAAUAAGCUAUCAACCGAAAGGAGCAACAGGAGUAAUAAACCUUACAGAUGAAGAAAAACGAACCCUUUUAGCAGAGGGUUAUCCCAUCCCACAGCGAUUACCCUUAACAAAAGUAGAGGAAAGAUCGUUGAAAAAAAUUCGUCGUAAAAUAAAGAAUAAGAUAUCGGCACAGGAGAGCAGAAGAAAGAAGAAGGAAUACGUUGAUGCAUUAGAAAAAAGAGUCGAGAGACUGACGAGUGAGAACAGUGAUUACAAGACAAUAAUAGACUCGUUGGAAAACAACAAUAAGUCACUACUUUUGCAGCUUCAGAAACUGAGAGCCUUGGUUGGUGAAGAUCAUUCCAGAGACAGCAGGACAGUAGCAGUUCAGGCUUGUUUUUCUGAAAUGUCACCAGACUGCUGUCCAAUGGAAACAUCUGUGGAUGAACUAGACUUCAUUCAAGUAAUUGACGGAUUAUCAAGAUAGUUAGUUCUUAAGCUGCCAUUUCCAUCUUCAAAGCGACAGGGAUCUCUGGCUUUCAUGCUAUUUUUCUGUGGCUUCAGUAAUGGAGAAAUAUCAUAUCAUCACGUCAUACUCACCUUCACAGCAGUCUUCCUUCACUGUAUUAUUUUAACACGCCAUCUGCUGGAUCAACUGAAAAACCACCAUGAAAGCCUUUUCGUCACCAAAGGAGCGUGAGAUCCCUACGUAAUUCUGAAUCUCUUUUUGGCUUACACUUGUACUUGAAUUAUUCGUUCUGCUUUCCUCCUUCGUCGGCUCUAAUCUAAUGAACUCAUCCAGAUUCCAGAUUCGUUUACCUUCUCAGUUAAUGCAGUGCUGCCAUCACGCAGAAAAACUGAAAAACUAUCAUAAAUAAAGAAAUAUCUAAAAGAAAGACUUCAGAAGAUAAAAAAAACAAAGAAUACCAAGUACUCAUCCUAUACCUGGAAAAGAUUAGUCUUCCAUAGAGUCUUGACUAAAAUGUAUAAAAAAGUUUGUUAUAACUCUUAUAACCUCAUAAUAAGGACAUUAUCAAUCUUGUAUCUUAUGUUUAUGAUAUUUUAUCAAAAUCUUAUCAUCGCUUUAAAAGCAGUUUCAAUAUUGAAAAACAAGUACCUGAAAAACAUAUAGAACCAAUACGAAUUAUAGGUUGAGAUUCACAAUGCACUGUUAAAACCGUUCUUAUACUUGCAUCAAAUAAGGCUCGUUGAUUUGGAGGAAAACAUGAAACAAUUGUUAAGUACUUCUGACUAAAAAGUUGUGUGUUCGUUCUUAGGUUGUUCAAGUUUAUUUUUCAUUGUUUCGCCCAUUGUUGCAUUUAUUACUCACCAUCUGCCAACCAAGAUUAUAACCUCAUAGCGCUAAGUAUUUGUUACGUCAUAAUUACAGAUCAUAGGUUAAAUGCAUGAAUAAUCCAUGUUUUCAGAAGGAAAAUAUAAAGAUUGUAAGAGAAGAUGCAAGUUUUUGAUACUGUAUUUUUUCUUUGAGAAAUUUCAUUAUGUAGUUAUUCCGUUAUGUUGAAUUGUUCAAAGUUUAUUAUUAGUAUGUGAAACAAGUGUCUUGAGAUCGAUUAAGCUCUUGUACUACAGUGAAUUCCAUAUAUUGCAGUAACCACGUAAAGCUGUUUGAUUAAUUUCUCCAAAUGUGAAAUAACAUGAAGUAUAUACGUUUGUUGGACUGGAAUUUAUACGGCGUGGCCUCUUAACGCUAAAAGUCACUACAACUUUUUAUAAUUUAAAAGUUAACCAGAUGACCUUGUCCAAAGUAGUUAACCCGAUGACCUUGUCCCAGAUGACCAGAUCAACUUUGGAUUUAAUGUUGGAGUUAUUAAUUUUUGAGUUACUACGUUUUAAAACACGAUAAAGGUGUCUUAACAUUUGUGUGGCGAUAAUGCAUUUCAAUGAAAAAUAUAUACAUUUCCUCGUUAUUAUUCCACUCACUAUCAUUACAAAUAGCUUACCUAACCUUAAUGCAUUUCCUGGAUGAACCCUAACCAGUCUUAUCGAGGACAUUUCCUGCAACUAGUUUGUUUGUUUUUUUUAAAUAUGUAACGAUUGACUAAAACUUGAAACCUAUUUAGUAGUCGAGACCACGAAAACCUGACAACCUGUUUGGUUGUUGAAACCACUAAAUCUGACAACCCAUUCUGUAGUUGAAACCACUAAAACCUGACAACCUGUUUAGUUGUUGAAACCACUAAAUCUGACAACCCAUUUUGUAGUUGAAACCACUAAAACCUGAUAACCUUUUGAUAAUUGAAACCUCUAAAACCUAACAACGUAUUUAGUAGUUGAAACCACCGAAACCUAAUAACUUAUUUGGUUUCUAAAAUUAUUGAAACCUGACAACCUAUUUAGUAGUUGAAACCACUGAAACCCGACAAACUAUUUGAUAGUUGAAACCUAAUAAAGAGUGUAAUGUAGUAUCCUGUUAAAUGUAUGUUUAGAGCUCUAUUGUUGUUUUGGAGUUUGGGUUACGUGGAAGCAUGAUUGUAUAACGAUCAUGAUAUGAAAAUGUUAGUUGUUUUAGUUAUUUAGAGCACAACAUGUUUUAAGUAUAGUUUUGA